AUGAACAUAGGGAAAAAAAUUUCUACAAGAUUAUCACUUAACUUAAGAGCUCGAGCGCGGAUUCGAGCUGAGAGGCAAGGGGAUCGAGGCGCUCCUCGGACACGGAAGAUGUCGAAGGCUAAAGAGCAAAAGGCUCUUAUAGAGGAGGCGGCGGCGAUCGUGAGUGCAUGUUGA